AUGGACGUGCAUCCUAAACCUGACAGAAUUGAAUGUCAUGCACAUUCUCGUAAAGGUAACGGUACAUCACAAGUCAUGAUGCGAUGUAGUCUCGUACUUCGCAGUGCUGCAGAAAGAUUUACAAUGACCGAGGGCUGGGGAGAUGCCAAGCUUUGCAAGUCGACUCAAAGGAGUGAAUCGGUUUAUUUGAAAAUGAGUAAAAAUCAAAAAGUGUUGCAGGACAAGUGGGAAACCGAAUAUAUUUUAUUAAAUAACGAGGGCAAUAAACCGCAGUGGUUAAUCAUUUACAUAAUAAAUCUUCAUAAAAAUAUCAGAAUAACCAAUUCUGAAGCUACAUAUCUAAAUGUACGUUUUUGUGCCAAAUAUGACCUGCCAUCUAGUGAAUACAAGAAACUGGAUUUCGUAAAUAGUUAUGAAGAACUGAUAAUUGAUAUUAAAACUUAA